GCACGCGACGCGACGGAAAAGCGAUAUCUGGGUCCAUCACAAGACGAAUCACAGAUCCCGCCAGCAACCAUGGAUGACGAUCUAUAUGACGAGUUCGGAAACUUCAUAGGCGAAGAAGCCGAAGCUUCAGAAGAAGAAUCGCAACAUGGCGUAGAUGUGGGCAAUUAUGCCUACGAUGACGAAUACCCAGAGGCGGCCGCGGAAGCCCCCGUUGAGGAUCGCAUGGACGUCGACGACGAAGGGCCUUCCAACGCCGUAGUCCUCCAUGAAGACAAGCAAUAUUACCCCACCGCUGCCCAGGUGUACGGCGAGGAGGUCGAGACAUUGGUGCAAGAGGAAGAUGCGCAACCGCUGACACAACCCAUAAUUGCCCCCAUCGAGCAGAAGAAGUUCAACAUCGAGGAGGCCGACCUACCCCCAGUCUAUUUCGAUCGCAGUUUCAUGACUGAUCUCAUGAACUACCCGGAACAGAUUAGGAACAUUGCUCUGGCCGGACAUCUACAUCACGGCAAAACGGCGUUUAUGGACAUGCUUGUUCUCGAGACGCACGCCAUCACAGACAGGUUGGAAAAGCGGACAGGGAAAAGGCGUGAUGAGCAGCUCAGAUACACCGAUGUCCAUGUUAUUGAACGGGACCGGGGGGUGUCGAUCAAGGCCGCGCCUAUGAGCCUGGUUCUCCCCAGCACCAAGGGGAAGUCGCAUCUUCUUAACAUCAUCGACACUCCCGGCCACGUGGACUUUGUUGACGAGGUCGCCGCAUCCUUGCGGCUGGUUGAUGGCGUGUGCCUGGUGGUCGAUGUGAUAGAGGGAGUGCAGGUCAACACCGAGCAGAUCAUCAAGCACGCCGUUCUCGAAGAUAUCCCCCUCACACUGAUCAUCAACAAAUUGGAUCGGUUGAUAUUGGAGCUGAAACUGCCGCCUUCCGAUGCGUAUUUCAAGCUGAAGCACGUUGUGGAGGAGGUGAACACCGUUAUUGAGAACACGAUUCCUGGACGGGGCGAGGAGAAGAGAAUAAGUCCCGAAAAGGGCAAUGUUCUCUUUGCCUGCACUUCCAUGGGGUGGUGCUUCACAUUGCGGUCGUUCGCCAAGAUGUACUCGGACAGCUUCGGCGGAGUCAACGUUGAUGAGUUCGCUCGGCGCUUGUGGGGCGAUGUUUAUUUCAACCCCCAAAAACGCAACUUUACGAGGAAGAAGAUCGAGGAGGGAUCAAAGAGGUCUUUCGUCAACUUUGUCCUGGAGCCGAUAUACAAGCUCUUCUCCCACACGAUCAGCGAUAGCCCGGAAGACCUGAAGCAAACAUUGGGGAAACUGGGGAUCGAACUCAAGCCAUCUCAGUACAAGGCAGAUCCGAAAGUCCUACUGAAACUGGCGUGCGAACAAUUCUUCGGGCCAUCAACCGGGUUCGUGGAUAUGGUCUGCCAGCAUAUCCCCUCACCUGCCGAAGCCGCCGAGAAGAAGAUCGGGCAGUACUAUACCGGUCCUCUCGACACCAAAGUUGCAGAGUCAAUGAAGAAAUGUGAUCAAAACGGGCCACUAGUUGUCUACGUGACCAAACUGUUUAACACCGCCGAUGCCAAGAGUUUCUACUCAUUCGGACGCGUUAUGAGCGGCAUUGCACGACCAGGAACAGAAGUUCGAGUUCUUGGUGAGAGUUACUCACUGGACGACGAAGAAGACAUGGUGUUGGCGAAGAUAUCGGACGUUUUCAUCGCUGAAACGCGAUACAACAUCCCGACGGACGGCGUGCCGGCAGGCAACUGGGUUCUUCUGGGAGGCGUCGACAAUUCGAUCGUUAAGACGGCCACCAUUGUGGAUAAGAAGUUUGAAAGCGACGAAGAUGCCUACAUCUUCAAGCCGCUAACCCACUUUACCGACUCCGUCGUCAAGGUCGCCGUCGAGCCCAUCAACCCGUCUGAGCUACCUAAGAUGCUUGAUGGUAUCAGAAAGAUCAACAAGAGCUACCCCCUAAUCACCACCAAAGUGGAGGAGUCCGGCGAGCACAUCAUCCUAGGGACCGGCGAACUGUACAUGGACUGCGUGUUGCAUGACCUUCGGCGGCUUUACGCUGACAUGGAAGUCCGGGUGUCGGACCCAGUCGUCCGGUUCUGCGAAACGGUCCAAGACAUGUCGGAAACCGGCUGCUAUGCCAUCACGCCUAACAAAAAGAAUAUCAUCACCAUAGCGGCGGAGCCGCUGGAUGACGGGAUUGCAAAAGACAUCGAAUCGGGGGCGGUGAAGAUCCGGGACCCUCCACGGAAAACUGCCAAGUUCUUCGAAGAGAAGUACGGAUGGGACAUGCUCGCGGCCAGAAGCAUCUGGGCGUUUGGUCCCGACGAUAUGGGGCCGAACAUCCUACAGGAUGACACACUGCCGGCCGAGGUUGACAAGAAGCGGUUAAUGACGGUAAAAGAGUCCAUCAAGCAGGGAUUCAGCUGGGCAACCCGAGAAGGCCCACUAUGUGAAGAACCCAUACGCAACGCCAAGUUCCGACUCAUCGACGUCCAGCUGGCACAAGAAGCCAUCUUCCGUGGCGGUGGGCAAAUCAUCCCGACCGCUCGUCGCGCAUGCUACGCUGCCUUCCUGGCGGCCGGCCCCCGGCUUAUGGAACCCGUGUAUUCGGUCUCUGCAACAUGUCGUGAUGACGCCCGUAGCCACCUCUACAACAUCCUAGCCCGGCGACGCGGCCAUGUGCUCUUCGACGGUCCCAUCGCGGGGACACCACUUCACCGGGUCAACGGCCUCAUGCCGGUCAUCGACGGCUUCGGCUUUGAGACGGACCUGAGGAUCCAUACCGAGGGCAAAGCCAUGGUGAGCCUGGUGUUUGACCGAUGGAAUAUCGUGCCGGGCGAUCCGCUCGACAGGGAGAUGGUCACGCGGAACUUGCAGAUGGCGGCGCCGCUGGCAACGGCGAGGGAUUUCAUGCUGAAGACGAGGAAGAGGAAGGGACUGAGCGAUGACGUCAGCGCGGAGAAGUUCUUGGAGCCAGAUCUGUACAAGCAGUUGGUGGCGAAUGGCACUUUCGUGGAGAGGUGAUUGAGUGGUCGACAUCGGUGUUGGAGGCGUUACUGUACCGUGUACCGGGAAAGGGGCUAUAGGUUCUACAGAUGGCUACUUUAGACCAUGACAGUCGUGGAUAUCUUGAAUCAGGCAUCUGUGCGUCUCAUGGCACACUCUCGUCGGCGUAUCACCUCAGCAUCAGCUGCACCUCAGGUCAUCUCAGUCGGUCUUUGGGGAAGGGACUGGUUUCAGCGUCCGCCUGCAAUACUUUGUGGUUGUGGCCAGCCCGGACAAUACGCAGUAGUAGCUCACCCGUUUUAGUGCACUCGCC